AUGGCAUCCACAGCGACGAGCCCCGACCUCCAGUGCCAAUACACGUACAAGCCGUGCUUCAACCCGCGCUCGACCAAGAAGAACGGGUCGCUUCACUCGUUUUGCGAGUACCACCGUAAGAAGGCCAAUGCCAUCCAGAAAGCCCAUGCGACCAAGAAGCGGCUACGCGAGAGCGGGCUCACCGACGACCACCGAGAAGUGGCCGCGCCGUCCAUCUUUAUUGCGUCGCAGCCGGCGCGGCCCCGCCUCUCGACGCCGUCCUUUGACAGCAACGAUGUUCGGUUUUUGCACGAGUGGCUCGUCCAGCAUGACACGCUCGACGAAGUCGACAGCAAUUACAUUGGCGCGACCGACGAGAUUGAGCUCACGCCGGAGGACUACGCGAUUCUGCGGGAUCUGUUUUAG